CACCAUGGAAGAAUUACUCUCAUUGAAGUGGAACAAUCACCGCUCCACUUUUCUUCACAUCUUAGCUGUUCUCAGAGACAAGCAAUUGUACACUGAUGCAACACUAGCCUGUGAUGGGAAACUCUACAGCGUCCACAAACUAGUGCUCUCAACAUGCAGCGAUUACUUCAGCUCGAUGCUGGAUCGAACUUCUUGCAAGAGCCCAGUGAUCGUCCUUAAAGACAUCAAGAGUGAUGACUUAGAAGCCUUACUGGACUACAUGUACCUGGGCGAAGUAAAUGUACGUCAGAGCGAUCUUUCAACUCUGAUCAAGGCAGCAGAAUGUCUGCGUGUCAAAGGCUUAGCAGUAGCCGACGAUGAACCUCCCCCUCCCAGGAAAUCUUCGAAGUCUGACUAUUCGUCGAGGAGGAGCGAGUCCACGAGCAGUCCUCCAGCCAAAAGGAAAAGACGUGGUGAUGCUAUAGAAGAUGGCAGGGACGAUGUUAGACCAACCCGUACUGAUAAUAGACGCGUUUCUCCUAGUACUUCUAGACCAAAGAGCCCACCUAGCACUACUUUUACCUCCCCUACUAACCCCUUGAAGGCUAACUCAAGCUCGGCCAAUGCAAGAAAUAGUGUAGAUGACCCCAGUGUCGCCAAGAGUAGUAAUAGCAAUGAUGAUUAUGUAGACCUGGCGCCUUGUAUUAAAGUUGAGAUGACUGAAGAUUCUGACCGCCCUCCCGACGACGAUAGCAACAUGGAUGGUAACACUGGUGACAUGGGCGAAGGAUUACCCGACUCGUAUGGCGUAGACAGUGAAAACUUCAAAGAAGAAGAUGAUCCAGAUGAUGGUGAUCUCAACAGUGAUCUGCCGGAGUUUCUUCAGCAAGCUACUGCUGGAUACCAACACUCCUCUUUCGGUGGCCCAUCUUUCCCAAGUGACCUGUCGUGGCAAGGCAAUGAAGACAACGGCGGUAGUGGCAGCGGCUACGGCGCUGCCGCUUCAUCAGCUCAGUACCCAGCGCACGACGCCGCUCAGAGCUCAGCAGGGGCAGAUGCGGGCAACGUACUACAACGUCUGCGCAAUGCCGCUGGGCCCUUGAUGUCAGCAUCUUCGCGCUUAGAAAGUAACUUGGACUCCAUUUACGUACCCUCGAACCCUUUGAACUCUUCAUUUACUCACCAACCUCGCAGACGCUUCAAGUCUUCAUCGUCCUUUGAACAAGUCCAGCCAGAUGAGUCGACUGACGCGGCGAAGAAACUAAGGCAUUUUUCGUGUCCCUAUUGUUCGACCGUCUUCACUGACAACUCAAACCUCCGUCGACACAUCAUGACGCACACUGGAGAACGGCCCUUCAAGUGUCCGUUGUGUAGUCAUUCCAGCAGCCGCAAAGGAAACUUGAUCGCGCAUAUCAGUGGUAAACAUAAAGAAUAUUUCAUGAAUCAAUACAGGCAUCACGAGCAACGUAUUCCUAAACAGUGCCCUCAAGUAACAUCUCCUCCGCAUUAAUAAGAUAGAACGCGCCUUUUACUGACAGAGCAUCUAGUUUCCUAUCCAGUAAUUUAUAAGGGCAUUAUUAUUAUCUAAGAGGAAAACGUGGAAAAAAGCGCAGGAAAGUAUUCAGCGAUUCUCUGUUACAUUGCUAGAAUAUUGAGCUAGGAGCGAUCUAAGUCGCACAUUAGUCUUUAUGCAAGGGAGCCGAACUGAUCAGAAGUCGCAUACGAGUCUUUUUAUUGUAAUACUGCUUAGUUCUUAGUACUGCUUCUUUUAUGUUAUUAUAUUGGAUUUGUCCGAUUUUAGCCUCAUUUGUGUUAAAUUUCUUAUCAAAGAAAUUUAUUCUGAUUUCGUUUCUUUACGAUUGAAUUCGUCAGUUGUCGGUGAAAAUCCCCACAACCCGUUCUUUUUUUUUCACUUGCAUCUCACUUCCGUCUUCUGAUGAUUGGAGACGGCAUAUCUUCAAAUAUAUUGAAGAUAUGCUGGCGUCACGAACUGGCAGUAUUUUCUAAGCGUGGGUUCUUUUUUUCUAAGCUCAAAUAUCAAUUCUGGACUGGCACGCAAGUCGAUCUAAUAUAUAUAAUAUUCUUCUAUGCAAAGUAAAUGAAUAAAAAUAUAAAAAAUUGAAGAGAUAGGAAUUUCGAUUAGUCUUCAUAAUUCCGAGUGGCACCGUAGCGUAUGCUACCCGCUCGACGUUAUUUCAACAAAAAUGCAGUUUGAAAAUAAUCAGUCUUCUAUGCUAUAUAUGUUGUAUUUAAUUCGAAGCCGCGUUUCAAGUUCUUGAAAGCAAAAUAAUGAAUUACCUGAAAAUGAACACGCAAACUUCUAUUAAAGAAUUGGCGACUUCGAAAUGUCCUGCAUUAUUGCAUUAUAAGAGCGCUUAAUAGUGAUCGAUCUUUAAGUUUUGUUUUAAAAUGAAUGUUCACUUGACUGAGGUUCCACGUUUCACAGCGACAUUUUGAACUACUGACUGCUUUUCUCGCGUCGUUAUCGGUUUCUAUUUUUUUCUGAAUCGCGUGGGGUUGUGAGCCUUUCCUUAAUGGAAGUUCAAUUAUCAAAAGGCAAAAGGUUUUUGCAUCUUCCUGUGAACGGAAUUCUUUGUAGCACGUUUUUGUGCUUCAUAUUAUAUUUCAGAUAAAUAUGAAUUCACUUGAUAAUUUCGCCAGUUUGUUCUACCAUUAAUGACUUGAUUUCAAGUUUUCAACUGCUCGAUGAGUGCCAAUGCGAAUUGUAAACCCUCUUACUGUUUAGUUCUGUGAACAAGACUGGCCAAUACUAUUGAUGUUCUUCCAGCAAGCUUUUACUAUAUCUUCUGAGACGCAUUACAGCGCUAGCUAAAAGAAUACAUCUCGGAUAAAACGAAGCAUUGGGUUGCUAGACUCAAAGCCUUGUGCUCUUGUUGCUUGCAUCGGCGUAUCGAGCUGAGUACGAAGAUUGCAAAAAAAAUUCUCGCUUCAUUUAAUAUUGCAAGACUUGUAACAGUGUAUUAUUGAUCAAUACAGUGUUCUGACCUCCGUUUUUGAUAAUACAAGUGCUAACAGACGA